AGGCAACAGUUGUCGUAGUCGCACUCCGUGUGCCCAUACCUACCCGUAGCGUGUCGAGGCGCCGUAUUGAAUAGUGUCGAUGUAGCGGCCCCGCGACAACUUCUCGACUAUCUGUUUCGUUUCCCGGCUCCGAGACAAUUUAACUUGACAACGUGGACUCCGCAACAAAAGCCGCCUCGCCCCAUUUACCGCUGAGCUCCACUCUCUACGAGAACUCCAGAUAUUAAACGCUCUCCUAACGAUAUUAACGUUACAUAAUUUUCAUUCCACCACAAAGCCACCUUAAUGCUUUAUAUUACACCUUUUUCAUUCAAGCAUCAGCACUAUAGAGCACGGAAAAGUGGGUCACGAAGUCGCAUGCCUGUUUACUUGAUGCCGUACAGUAAUAAAAUGUCUCGCUAAAGGGUGAAAUGAUUACAUUCCUUUUCGGAGUUUGGAUUGGUAAAUCACGUGAUUGCAUAAACAUUUGCUCAGAGUUAGGCGCUGAAUGAGUCCGAACUCGAGCGACGGCGAGCAAACAUUUCGGAAUCGGCCACUUCCAUUUCGAGACAUCACUUUUCACGUUACCGUAGUGAUGUAUGGGAAUAUUUGCAAGCGUUCUUUGUGCGAUCGAGAACGAGUGUAAACACGAGUGCGCGGCUCAGCGGCGGCGGCGGCGUCGAGAUCAGGCGGGGAGGGUCGCGUCACUCGCGCGGCCGCCGCCGCGCGCUCCGCCCGCACGAUGUCGGUGCGCGUAGACCAUCGUGACCGAGACAGAUUCUCGAGGCAUUCUUCGCGCGCUUCCGUAGAUUUAGCCUUUCCGAGUAGCUCAGCACGCGAUCACUCAUUUCGGUCAGUGCAUUCAGCCCGGGUACCGCGGGCCGCUAGCGAUGAUUUAAUGGUGCCCGUGCGCACGCUGCGCUCAGCAUCAUGCCGCGUGGCUCCAGGAGCGCCCCACCGGCUGCGCCGGCACCACUCUUCGGCUGCCGAAUGCGAUCGGGCACGCCGCUCGCGCCGGCACACGCUGGAGUUGCCGCACAGCCGCGGGCCGUCGGUCCGCAGCCGGUCGCCGGAGCCGCAGCCGCCGCCGCCCGAGCCGGAGGUGCCGCCCGAGGAUGCCGGCAAGGAGGCGCGCCGGCGGCGCGUAGUGGCCGCCGUCGCCGCGUCCUUCUUCGCGCUGGCAGUGGCGUCGGUCCUCGUGGUGGUGGUCACGCUGACCCACAGCUCUGUACUCCGCGCUCACAACCAAACGGCCAAUACGCCAGGAGAACGAGCGUAUGAUGCACGACGUCCUCCUGCUCCCGCCUGGAAAUCGCACCCAGUUGUCGGGGGCAUUGCGCUGACGCCGCGCUACUCGCCGAAGCCGCGGCUGGACAAUGUGCGGCCCGCCGCCGCCCCUCCAGAGGAAUCCGAACCUGAUCAGGCCGACGCUGACACUGACGCUCCCGAGGCCCACGCCGAGGCCCUCGUCGGCUCCCUUAGCCCGCCAACCCUUAGAGAAAAUAGCAGCGCUUCGGUGAGCCAAGGCCUAGCGGGCCUCUCGUGAGUCCCGACCCCGGUCUCCGGUCUCCGCUUCGGCCUGCUCCAGACCCGUGUCUGUUCUAGUGUUGAAACGAAUUGUGAACGCACAAAACUGCCAGUGGCAACCAAAUGCGCCGAGCUGUGACACGAAUGUGAACAGAGAGAAUUAUAUGUUAUUCGACUUAAGCAUACACGUUAGUUACUUGUUCGUGAAUUGAAAGUGAUGGAAGAUGUAGGUAGAUAAUGUGAAAUUGUGAAUAAAUUAGUAAAGAAUGCAAUGUUGUUUGUUGAAUUGUAUCAGGAUAGGAUUUAAAAGACAAUGUCAAUAAUCUACGAUAAAAUAAAUCGCAGAUUGUCUAAAAUAUUGGAUGUUAGUAUAUUUUGUGCCAGAGGGAGAAAUUUAAUUUGAAGAGAAACUGCUUUAUUAGUAAAAGAAGGAAAGGUGUGAUGCGAAUAAUUAAAUAAAAAAAUAAUUAUACGUUAUUCUAUUUUGGGAAUGUGACGAUGAGUUAAGUGAACAAUUUCACCCUCGUCAAAUGUUCCUGCCACUUCCACAGUGUUUUUGAAACAACGCCAGUUUUGUUAGAUACACGUAAUUAUUGAAUGUUAAAGGCCUGCGUAACCUGCUGACGAGGACUGUCUCGAGAAACGACCAUUACUCAAAGGUAAGCGGAUCAAUGGGAUCAAUUACUGUAAUUAUUAAACUUUUCAACAGAUUAAAUUUCUUUCUUAGGCAGUACUUAUUUUAAGGAUACUGAACAUUGAACGAUCCCUAUUUACGACAAAAUGUUACAAAUAAAAAAAGAGUCGUAAUGCCCUGUAUGUAUAGCGAUAAAUAUUUUAAUAUUAUUACUAUAUAACUAUACCUAUACAAGAUAGUUGUUACCCUGUCGUUAAUAGGGA